GCCAACUACGUCGAGGACCCGACGCCGCUCAUCCUCAAGGCCUGCGAGGCGCCGGUCGGCCGGUCGCUCGCCGAGACGUUCAAGCUCAAGAAGGCCAAGGACUACACUGUACAUCAGUUUGGCCUUAUCCAAGAGCGCGUGGGCAUGCACCCGCGCACGCUCAAGUUUGAUGCCGAGUACGAGGUCGGGUACCUCGCGUAUGUACAAGAAUCAAGCGUCGUCCGCGUGCGCCUCACGUUCAUCGUCGGGUCGCUCUUCCUCGGCGCGCUCCUCGCGUACGAAGCGCACCUCGACUUGUUCCGUCGCCGCGCCGGCAUUCCGCCGCCGCUGCCCGAAGGCGAGCUUCCGGACGCGAACCGGCUCGUGCUCUACAUUCUCUCGUUCGGCGUCUCGGUACCGGCGUUCUUCAUUGGCUUCCUCCUCACCUUCUUCGAGUCCAUGCACAAGCGCAUCGAGCGCAUCACGUUCGCCGUCUUCUUCGUCGUCGCCAUGACGCUCAUCUUCAAGAAGCCCGUCCAGGCGCAGACCGGCCCGGUGCUGCCGCUCAUGAUCCUCAUCAUCCCGAUCUUUGGCAUCACGCGCAUGCGCUUCCUGCACAGCUGCGUGCUCGGGUGGACCAUCUUCUUCACGUACCUCAUCGUCCAGGGCGUCUCGCUGCACUGGAUGGACCCGAUCCCGUACGGCAACGGCAAGACGUGGAAGUACGACAACAUCUCGGACAUCAUCUACCAGACGAUCAACUACGGCAUUGCGAUCAUCGGCGGUAUGGUGUCGCACUACCGCCAGGAGCUCAUUCGCCGGCGCAACUACGCCCUCAAGCUGCCGUUCACGGGCCUCGACGACGACGAGCCCCUAGACCUCUUUGGCGAGAGCUACUCGGAGGAGCGGCUCAUGGACCCGUUCAACUUGAGCUUCCGCAACCUCGAUGUGGAAGAGUGCUUUUGCCGCAUGUGGUAUCUCAUCGACCCGCACCCGUACGAGAACCCGAACCGCGGCGACAUCCACGAGAACGUCUACAUGACGAUCCGCUUUGCAGUCCUCGGCGUCUUCCUCUCGCAAGUGGUCCUGGGCAUCCAGGACAUCAAGCUCCUCUUCAUGAAGGACUUCAAGUUUGAGUACGGCAUGGCGGCUGUCAUCCGCUUUGCGAUCGUCGUGCCGCUCUACCUGCUCAGCUUUUACUUCAUGUACCUCCUCGGCCGCAAGUACUUUGAGAUGUACUUGCGCAAGUCGGCGGCCGAAGCCGAGAUGUCGUCUCAGUUCACGAUCGACGUCAACGACGUGCCGGCGUCGGACGACAGCUUCAAGGGCUUCAAGUACGCGUCAACGCGCAUGAAGAAGAAGGCGCCGUUGACCAAGAACCGCAGCAUCAAGGAGAAAAUUGAAGGCCAGAAGGAGCGCUGGGUGGACACCAAGGGCGGCUACGUGCGGUCGGCGCAGAUCUUCCUCACGAUUAUCAUCUCGCUGCACGUGAUUUUGAUGAUGAUCCUCCUGCUCCAGGUCGGUCGCAGCUACAUCUACACCCACUCGAGCAAGCAGAAGAACGCGGCCAAGCCCAACGUGUACUUCAUGGGCUUCCUCAACGCGCUCCUCUCGGUGCACCGGUCGGGCUUCAAGAUCCGGUUCGUCUACUCGUCGCGCGUCUCGUGGGCGAUGGUCCUCCUCUUCAUCUUCUUUGCGUCGCACAACUUGCACUUCGACCCGUGGGAGUACCUCUGGGCCGAGUACUCGUGCUACCUCGUCGCGAUCCAGUUCCUCGGCAUGAUGAUCUCGCACGAAGAAGAGUCGCUGCGCCGGUCCUUCUUUGUCCUCAAGUCGAUGCGCAUGCUCGAGUUUGAAAAAUGGUUUGCCGGUGUCCUCCGCAUUCAAAAGGGCGUCCGCAAGUUCCUCGCGCGCCACCGCGAACGCCAGAUCGCCAAGGGCGACGUGCCCACGACCAAGGCCGUCUCCAAGCCGCCAGCCCCCAAGGUCGCCCACGCCCAAAGCUUCCUCGCCAUGGCCUCCAAGAUGGGCGUCCAGGCCCAAGCGAUCCAGAUCGCUGUCGUCCUCUUUGACGUCAUCUGGUCGGCGGCCAACCCGUAGGUCGUCGUCGGUCAUCCGCUGUGUACUCUAAACCCCAUCGUGUUUCUGCUGUGUUUUGUCUUUCUAUGCCGAAAGUAGAUUAGGAGCGUUAGAGUGCCAGCGUAUUGAGCUUGGCGUGUAAAUACUGGUAGUCGUGCAAACUCACGACGUGGC